AUGCCUGAAGCUUCUUCCCAGCCUACCUCUGCUGCCACCACCGCUGCUCCCGCGGCCGGCACUCCCGUCAACGUCUUUGGCGAGAACAGAGGCAUCAAGUUCAACAUCAAGGCCGGCACCAGCACCUGGUCUUGCACCCUCCAGGACCGCAGUCACUAUGAGCGCACCAAGGCUACCCGUACCAACUCUACCGACUCUUCCGCCUCGUCCGCUUCUGACCGGUCCCUCUGA